AUGCUUCGAAAAUUAAAUUUACAAAAUUUGGCUGAAAAUCUAGCACUUUUCAAGUCAAAUCCGAAAUUUGUGCUUUUCGAAAAUGCAGCUAAUCUACAAAUUCGACAAACUCUUCCAAAUCAUCCAUGCAAUUUCUAUAUUUUCGAAAAUUCUCGGAAAAACUUGAAACAAUUCUAUUGCAUACGUCACAAUCUUUUGCCUGAUAAUGAACGAUCGAUUUUAAUGAUAGAAUCAGACGGCGAAUGGAAUUCAGAUGAUUUGGAAAAUGGAGUCAAGAAUCUUGUCGAAUAUGAAGAAAAUCUAUCGAAAAUUGGGUUAUUUAUAGGAAACACAAAAUUAGCAGAAACUGUAAGAUUUCGAAUUCGCCGGGGAUAAAAAAUUACAAGAUUUUUCAGUUCGCUCAAAUAAUUCCAAAAAUUCUACCAAAACUUCAACCAAAUGGUUUCUGGCCUUGUAAAUUAUUCCACGUGGAUCCAUCCAAAUUUCAAAAAAUUCUAGAUGCAAAAUUAUCCGAUUUACCAGAAAAUAUGCGAUUAGGAAAUACGAGAGUUGAAGAUGCGCAAAUUAUAAAUGACACGUGGAAAUUCGCAACACCCGAUGAAGUUUUACAACAACGGUAAACUGGGUUUUAUUUCAAAUAAUACUUUGAUACGGAAAAACAUUUCAGAGAAAAAUUGUCGCGUCUUCCAACAUCUUGCGUUUUUCACAACGAUGCUCCGAUAUCUUUUGAAAUGAUUGGUUUACACGGUCAAUUAUCGCAUCAAUUCACAUUUCCCGAAUACCGUAAUCUGGGUCUCGGAACGAUUGUCGAUAUUUCACUGCUUCAAAAAGCCAUCGCUUUUGGAAUUCAUCCUUAUAAAUGUGUGGAAGUGGAUAAUGAGAAAGUUGUGAAACGAAGCAAGAAUCAGGAAGAAGUUUGGAGUACUGUAGAAGAUAAUGUUGUUUACAUUGGGUUCAAUCGUCACUGA